GCAUUGACGCCAGUGUCUCACCAAGCCGUGCCUGGAUGGCACAGACACCUCUCACUGGCUGAACUGGGGCCAGAGUGGGCAGUUGUUCUUCGGAUUGACUUUUGAGUAGUCUGCUGAAACCGCCUUUCAGCUGGAAGCGUGCGGUCAUGUUGCCUGCAGGGCUCUCUUUUCCGCUUCCUUCAGGGGGAUCAGCGUGGCAAUCCUUGGGUCGUUCCGCCCAAAAGGAGGGAAAUGGGCGGUGCCUGACCACUAAGCCACUCGACACGAGAAUACUAAAUGGUCUUUGCCGAAUACACACAAAAAGUCGAACUAGAAUAGGCUGGACGGGACUGAAACUACAACAAUCAGGUGCCGUCAUCUGUUCAGGUCCAGGUUCAGGUUUCACCGGGCCGAAUGUUGAUGUGGCGAACUCGGCGGGUCUUGGAGCCCAUCAAAGGGAACACGGCCUAUUGAAGACCAAGUUGACGUGUCGCACAUCCAGGCACCGACCAGUCACAUCUCGUCAGCAGCAUCUCCCCUUCGCUUUGUACACAGUCCAUAUUUCGUGUGGUGCGAGGAAAAGAGGGGAACCAUCCUUAGUGGCAGGGAUGUUGCCCUGAUCUGACUUUUUUGCCCUACCGGUGGGCUACUGCAGGACAGUCCAGCCGCGUCCAUUCGCAAAACGACUGUCUUAUUCGGUUGUUUUGGUCUUUCUUUUCGCGCCGCUAAAUCUAAUAGUGUGGUCUAGGCAGUCCAAUCCUCGGGACGAACGCCACUGGUAGAUGUGAAACACUCAAUGGUGCUUUCGCACAAUUAACAGUCAGAUCCAUCUGACGGAUCUGAAAUCUGAAUAUCAGGC